CGAAAAGACAACAUUUCACCCAAAAUUCAAAACCCUACAAUUUUCAUCAUCUUCAAAUUUCUGUGUGAAAAUGUCUGGACGUGGAAAGGGAGGCAAGGGAUUGGGAAAGGGAGGAGCCAAGAGGCACAGGAAGGUUCUACGAGACAACAUCCAGGGAAUCACUAAGCCAGCUAUUCGCAGGCUUGCUCGUAGGGGUGGUGUGAAGCGUAUCUCCGGUCUGAUCUAUGAGGAGACCCGUGGAGUGCUGAAGAUCUUUUUGGAGAAUGUGAUUCGUGAUUCUGUAACUUACACUGAGCAUGCCCGGAGAAAGACUGUUACUGCUAUGGAUGUUGUAUAUGCCCUUAAGAGACAGGGAAGGACUCUCUAUGGAUUCGGCGGCUAGUUUGUGGUUUAGAUCAGUUGUUAGGUUGUUGAUGUAGAUCUCAUGGAAAAUUAUGCUGUUUCUGUGUUUUGCCAUCUCUGUAACCGUUGUUCUAGUUCGUAAGCUCCAGAUAUUGUAAUUUCUCAUUACAUAUUCAACGAACAAAAUUCAGUUUCUAGAAAUUACAGUGGCUAUCCUCCAG